UACCAUGACAACAUAACAACACUAAGCUGCUGGUUACUAGAGAGGCUCGGGUUGGGAGCGGACCGAACAUGCCAGGAAGCGUUGUAGGUUCGCUUAGUUCUGGAUCCACUGGAUCUAAUCGGAGCAAAGCUUGGAAAUAUCGAACAAAAGCUCUAAACUCACAAGUGGAUGAGAGUCUAUUUGGCGUAAAGAAACCCACAAAAGAUGACAGUCCAAUUGUGCAGAAAAACGAAGGUGGCAGACGUAAGACUGUAUCUGCGCCGUCAAUGGGUCACAAACCGGAGACCAUUCGCAUUAUUACAAGUGAUCUGAUUCGAGACCUUGUUGUUCCAUCAGAAGACCCAUCAGGAAAGUCCCUUAUAAUGACAUCCAGUGAAUACCACCGUAUCAAAACAGGUGCAACAGUCCGGACUAAGGAGGAACGCAAGAGGGCAAUGGAAGCCUUAAGAGCAGAAAAGGAAUCAGUCAUAGAAGCAGUAAAUGAACGAAAGAACUUCAUGAAAAUCAAAGAAAUGACGCGCCAAAAAAAUGAGAAACUGAACGAUCUAGAGGAGGAAGCACAGGAGAGGGCACAGUAUCUUUUGGAGAAGGCCAAUGCUAUGCGAAUGGAGCAGGAGGAUGAAGUUAAAAAACUUAAUGAGGUAAUUCUAAAUGCAAAGUGUCAUGCCAUACGCGAUGCACAGAUUUUGGAGAAGCGGAUAAUUACUAAGGAGAUGAGUGAGGAGGAAAAACGCCUGGACCAAAUGAUGGAGGUGGAAAGGAAAAGAGCUAUCAAGAUGCAAGAAGAGAUUGAGGCGGAAAAAAAACAUGAAAGGAUCCGAGGGAAGCAACUUAUUAUUCAGCAGAUGGAAGACAAUUUUGAGUCCAGAAUCCUUUUAGAAGAACAAAGAGCCCAGGAGGGUCAGCAGAUGCUUCAGUAUUUAGAGAAAUUACAAAUGGAAGAUUAUAAGGAGUUGGAGAAGAAACAUCAAGAACAAUUGGAAAUCCAAAAAGAAAUCAAACGUAUCAAUGCUGAAAAUGAAAAGAAAAAACUGGAAAAGAAAGAACAGGAGAAACUACUAGAUCUACGUGUAUUGGACUACACCCAACAGAAAAUAGCACGCGAGGCAGAAUAUGAGGCUGAGCAAGAGCGCCUUAAGAAAGAAAAGGAGAAAGAGGUUGCCCGUCUGCGUGCCCUACAAGAACGAGCUCGAGAUUACAAAGCAGAGCAGGAUGAAUUAAGAGCUAAGAGAAACCAAGAAGCCAUGGAAAGGGCCUGGCGUCAAAAAGAAAAGGAAAGGGCACUGAAGGAAGCAGAGACCAACACAAUGCUUAAGAAAUCACGACUAGAGCAAGUGGCUCAGAAGGAGCAUUUCCUAGCUGUACAAGCACAGCGAGACCGUGCAGAGUUUGAUAGAGUCUUAAGGGUGCAGCAGGAACUGACUGAGAAAGAGCGGAAGGAGCUUGAAGAAAAAAUGUCUGAACUGAACAGGCAUGCAGCAGAACUGAGACGCCAAGUCCGUGAGAAUGAGCAAAAGCAACUUAUGACACGCAUUGAAUUAUUUGAGGGGGGUAAGAAACUGCAAGAAGAAGCUCGUCAGCGCAGGGCACGACUUGAUGACCUAAAGAAGAAGAAACUGGAUGAACUUAAAAUCGCAGGGCUUCCAGACAAGUAUUGCUCUUUGGUGGCACGGAAAGCAGAGGUUCCAGUUGUCUAAAUGGAAGACAGAAAACAACGAAUUUCCGGCCUGCUCUGGGUCACCUUGCAGUCGUCUUCUUUAAUCUUGAAUAUGCAAAUGUGCCUUAUUUCUUCUUAAAUAACACAAAUAAAAGUGUCUAAUAUUCACA